GCCAUACAAAGAAUCUAAGACAAAUGAAAAGUAAAACCUAAAGGAAGGGACUGCUGUGCUUCAGUGGAUUAUCAAGGUUAAAGUCCACAUAACUGCGGGGUAGGGUUACACCUCUGUCACACGGAGGACCGCUAGUACUGCACAGUCACUUUUUUUUUUUUUCAAAACCUGAGAUGGAUGGGUAGCUGCCACCCACUGAGGUGACCCCGUAGCAUGUGCACCAUAUGUCGACAGGCUGUCACCGGGUUUUUUCCGAAGAGAGUGACGAAGGCCCGCAUCGAAGCCCACCUCUCAACUCCCGUUGCUGUCAGGAGAACUGGGUGUGGUCCCUUAUGUUUAACCCCCACAGUUGUCCAUCUGCUGGGACAGUUGAUAUGGCAGACAUGUAAGCAACCCCCCCCCCCGACACCCCCCUCUCUCCCUGCACGCACUUUUUUACACACAAGCACGACCAGUGUCAGUUAUGGCAGGGGCCGCUCAGUGGCAUUUAGCAGCAGCCGCAGCAUACCACUCUCCCUGACAGCACCUCCUCGUCCUCUCUGGAGACAGACUAGGCUGAGCCCGAGCUCAGAUCAGACUGUGGUGAACCCUCUGGAAAGUACACUCAGACCUCAGUGUGACAAAGUGGAGGAAAACAGGAGCAAGCACAUCACGGGGAGUAUAUUUUGUCCUGCUGGCCGUCGCUGCCGGGCUUAACCAGCAUCGGCUAUUUUCGGCUCCGGUCCUGGAUGGUAGGGCUGUAAUCAAAGGAACAUGAGGCCUGCAGCGUUAAAUAAUAGCUGCAUGAUGCAUGGAAGAAAUGAAGCAGUGACAGUGUGAGAAAAACAAAGAGAGAGAGAAGUGCAGCACACAUAUGAUGACCAGAUGAUGUGACGGCAAAUGUUACGAGAACCGAAAGAGUGCACAAUGGAAGAGCAAAAUGGAACUACUUCAUUUCAUAAACCCAAGAAGACCGGAUUUAAAGGGAAGCCGCCUUACUCGGUAGAAACUCCGUACGGCUUCCAAAUAGACUUGGACUUCUUGAAAUAUGUAGAUGACAUAGAGAAGGGCAACACCAUCAAAAGAGUCCCAGUCCAGCGCCGGAGCAAAGGCCCCAGGGCAAGCACUCUUCCCCGGCACCUCAACACCUCCGGAAAUGGCUAUCGCUCAACCCUCUGGGGGUCGACCGGAGCUCUUGGCCCGAGGUCCCGACCGACGGACGUCCAUCAUCCUCCGAGCCACAGCUCAUCGGUGUGCGAUCGCCGAUUGCAGCUAUCUCCCACCGGGCUCAAAUCCUUGUCGGAGAUGGAGGCUAGAAUCAAAGAGUUCGAUGAGCAGCCCCUGGGUGAGCACAUCAGACCUCACCUCCUCCGAGCUUCCAGUCUCCCUCUCACGGUACUGCUGAGGCAAACGUCGGAGUCCACAGAUGACGCCGCCGCCAGUCUCAGGAGUUCCAGGGAUCACCUGGAUGGAAGGAACACGUCCUGCGAAAGCAUUUUCGAUUCGGCGGGUAGUCCCCAACCGAGGGAAUGUUCCAGAAUGCCAAGAUGUCUGUCCGAGGCCCUUGAACAUGUCAAGGAGCUGGAGCUGGAGGUCAGGGUCAUCCCAGAGCUCAGGGCUCAGAUCCGUUUCCUCCAAGAGGAAAGAGAAAGACUUUGUCAAGGCCUUAGUCCACAAGUCUAUUCUCCAAAAAUGAACGGAACCGCCGACCAUGGCGCUUUUUCCUGCUAUAGCAUUACGGACGUCAAGCGGCCCCGGCAUGAAAGUCACAUCACGUUUCCUAAAAGUCACAAGGCCGGUCACGAUGACGUCCGUUCCUCACAAGAGUGGAGGGCCAGUACAGAUCUGGACGAGCUGCUGACGGUCACAUCCCUGCAGGCUAAAGUAGCCGUCCUAGAGCAGAAGCUCCACGAAACUGGGCUGGAGCUCCAGAGAGCCUUAGGUCUGCUAAAGGAGCAGCAAGAAGAGGGUAAGAGAAAAGACGAAAGAAUCGAGAACCUCGUCAGGAAUCCCGCGGUGUGGGUACGGGCGGAAAGGGUGAUGGUGGACCAGGAUGGAGACGAGACCGCGGUGAGAACGUUGGAGUGUAACGAUAAAGUGGUUUCCUCCAAAGGCUUAGACACCAUUUUUGAGUCUAAGACACCGCCGGUGUCAGAUCGAUCCGGACAGACUUCAGAUGCGGACACAGCGGUGGUUGUCCGCCACAUAAAAAAGAUCAAGAGGCUCCUGGAGCAGCAGUGGGAGUGCUUGCGUGCCAACAGCAAGUCAGGAAAGGAAAGUCAACUCCUAACACAACAAGACUCCAAAGUCGGCUACCUGCAGCGGGAGAUGAUGGCGCUGGUUGACGUCCUGGAAUCCUACUACACUCAGAACAGAAGAAAUGAUAAAGAAAUGAUCGCUCCGAAAGCCCUCAAGUCCAUCCUGAAGACGGACAUGCUUAUGGAGACGUCCAAAAGCCAACACUCCGUGGACGUUAACGAAGGACACGUCGCAAGCGGCGUCGGAGAGGAAAGUGUGAGCGACAGUUCCGCUCAGACGUACGCUGCCCAGGUGGACACGGAGAAAAACCGAAGAGAGCCAGAGAGCCAGAUGAGCCCAGACGCCCAGAUGACACCAGGAAAAUCCGGCUCGGCGCAGACAGACGGGAGCGAGGCGUCAGCGGAGGCUGACGUUUCGCAGAAAAUGGCCAAAACCAAAACAAAGCCUGCAGGAGAGCAGACGGAGAGGUUCACCUCCUCCGAAACAACAACAGGAGGGGAAGGUGUGAGUGCAGACUUUAUGGCUGCCUGUCACUUCCUCAACGACCACAUGGAAAACAUGGACAAUCCCAACGAUGACAUGAGAAAGGCCCUGGUGGUGCUGUUCCAGCACUGGUUCAGUGCGGCAGCGGAGGAGGCCUCAGUUCCCAGCAAGGUGUCUGUGUAUCUGAGGGAGGUGAAGAAAGCCACCCCAUCACUGCUGGCCUUCCUCAUCAACCUGGCCGACGACAACGGGAACACGGUGCUGCAUUACAGCGUGUCUCACUGUAACUACGGCAUUGUCGGUCAGCUCCUGGACACGGGCGUGAGCGAUUUGAACCUCCAGAACAACGCCGGCUACACAGCAGUGAUGCUGGCUUCACUGACUGCUCCCGACGGACCUGGAGGCAUGGAGGUGGUACGGAAGAUCAUGGAAUUGGGGAACAUCAACGUUCGCUCCAGCCAGACGGGCCAAACCGCUCUGCACUUGGCAGUGAGGCACGGUCGAGUCGUGAUGGUUCGCCUGCUGCUGAGCUGCGGCGCUGACACCAACAUUCAGGACAGUCAGGGAAACACAGUGCUGAUGUUCGCAGCGGAGAGAGGUCACACCCACAUCGCCAGGCUGCUGCUGGAGAGGAGCCAGUGUGAUCUGACGCUCACCGAUAAGCGGGGUCAAACUGCCAUUUCCAUUGCUAUGCGAGGCUCCCACACUGACACAGCCGCCCUCCUGCAGGCUCAUGCUAAGGCUCGAACUCUGUAGACCAGCAAACCAGAAGAGAAUCUGCAGAUAUCUUGUAUCCUUGCGUGUAUAAUUUGACGGUUGUUAGUUUAAAGCGUCAUGCCAUGUGCUUGGAUUGAGCUGCUUUUAAGUUUUGUUUUGUUCCUGAUUGUAUAACGUCAUUAAAAGGACAACAUCAUCAGCUGGAGAAGCGAAAGCUCGGAUCUUUGUUGUUGAUGUUGUUCAUAGUUUCUAUGCAAAAAGUCAAGUCAUAAAAACUAAUGUUAAUAUUUAUUGUUUGUUUUACAUUUGCCCCAUGUGGAGAUGUAUCUGUGUUUUAAAUAAAAUGUUUCCAAUUACAACUGCAUCUCUGUCAGAGAAAAAUAUGCUAACAUUGUUGUCGCCCCAGCUCAGCCUUGCUGCCUUGACUUAUUUGGUCAAAUAACCGGAAAACACAUAGGGAAAUCAAAAGAACCCUUUCAUUGCUGUAUGUGGUGUAGAUUAUCAACUGUACUGAAAGUGCUGUUUUUCAAUAAAUAUAUAUAUAUGAUA